AUAGUUUCACUAUAAAUCAUCAUUCCCUAAUCAAAAAUGAACAUCAUUGGAUUAUUAUUCCUGUUGAUGUCAACUUUUCUUAUUUCGGUAUCACAACAACAAGCAUUGUUUACCGAAACACAACAACAACAACUCGAGGACAACCAGAUAGAGCAAAUACUAUCACAGAAGCUUUGGUCUCUAGUUGACGAGUAUGCAACUAACGUAUUUAACGAGGCCGUAGUGGAGCUGCAACGAAAUGUUCGAUCUGAGCUGGAUCAACUCUCGGAGAAAAUCGGCGAACUAGGCAACGAGGGAGUACAAAUUGGGAAGACCUUAAAAAACAUGACAAUGGAUAUCGGAAGACUCUCGUGUCCAGAUUCAACAGAAGGGAGAUAUAUAUUAUUCGGCGAGCAAUGCUUUAUGUUCAGAGAUGAGAGUAAGACCUGGACUCAAGCCAAGGAUUGGUGCAAGACGAUAAGUGCACACUUUGCCAGACCUACAACAGUGGCUAUCAACAACUUCAUGAAACGUGAAUGUGAAAUUAGAGGAAGCGCAUAUUGGGUAGGAGCUCACGACACAGAACAGGAAGGAACAUGGGAAUGGGAUGAUGGCGUUCCUCUUGGAAAAGAUGUUUGGGACUGGGCACCUGGGGAACCGAAUAAUUAUGGCUCCGGACAGGAUUGUAUGGGCAUAUGUCAUGGUAGUCGUAACAAUUGGGACGACAAAAAAUGUACCAUAGAAAUUGGAUUUAUUUGUCAAACAGCAGCAGUUAUGCGCCUCUGAAGAUAGGCCUUCCAAAGAAUAUGUGAUGUUUCCAUCCGCCCAACAACACGCACUCAGUGGUAUAUCGGUGGUAUCUAUUAGCACAACGUAUGCUGUUGAAAUCUCGGGCACGUUCUCAGAAUAAAACUAUGAACAGUUUACCAAGAUCAUUCAUUUUAAUAUCGAUGUCAUUAAAUAUGCAUGUUUUGUUUAUAAAAUUGUGGGUUGUUGCUUUACAGUGUUGUUCAUUCUUAAAAGUUGAUUUAAUCGAGUCUUUUACUGGAGAAAAAUAGGAUUACGUGGUAAGAUUUUAUAGGAUUCUGAGGCCAAAACCUUAUUUUGUUAUCAAUUAAACACACAUGUGAUAUUCAUUACGAUAAUAAGACGUUCAAAAUUAACACGCUUUUUCGGAUUAAAAUGGCAUUGCGUGAAACGGAACCAAACUCAAAACUCACUUCAAUUAAUUCAAAAGAUUUUAUUUUACGAUUGUAGUAAAUACAAAUGAUACAAGAAUAAAUAAAUUCUAUUUGAAUCUUUGAGAGAAACAAUGCACAAGGAUUUCACAUAAUAUAAAUGUAACGCUGAAUAACAUAUACUGCGUUAAAAUUAAGUUAAAUUUCUGAUAUGUUUACCUAAGAAUCUUUUGGAACAAUUGUAAAUGACUCGGAUAAAUAACAAUUAAUACUCAUUAUAAAUUCAUUACAUUAAUUGCAUCCUGAAAUAAAUUAGAUAUCACCAGUAAUUUUCUGACUCCAUCCAUAAUAGUGUUUGUAAUGGAAAUGAAUUAAAGCACAUUUAUUGUCUAA